AUGAAUUCUAGCUUAGAAGGAGUCUUCAAAAAAUUCACUGGUGGUAAAAUUGAAAUGGAUGGCAAGACUUUUGCUAAAUUUGCUAAAGACACUGGUCUUCUUGAUAAGAAGCUCACUGCUACUGAUGUUGAUUUAAUAUUUGCUAAGGUCAAAGGAUCUUCUGCUAUUAGAUGCAUCAAUAUUAGAUAAUUUGAAGAAGGUAUCAACUAAUUUGCUGCCAAGAAAGGAAUUUCUGCCUAAGAUCUCAGAGAAAAAGUUACUGCCUCUAAUGGUCCUUCUUAUUCAGGUACUAAGGCCGAUGCUGUUAGAUUCCAUGAUGAUAAGAGUCUCUACACUGGUGUUUAUGCCAAUGGUGGUCCCUCUACCAUUGAUAUUGGAAGCGGAAAAAUCUCCGAUAUCUCUCAACUUUGUGAUAGAACCUCUGCUGAUGUUAGAGGUGUUAAACAUUGA